UUCUUCCAAGAGCUGGUGAGCGUUCUCCUCAGCUAUGUCUGCAAGUCGUUCAGAAGAAGCUCCAAAGUCCUGGACUUCCACCACCCUCACCAACUCAGAGAGGGUCUGGAGGGCUUCAGUCUGGAUCUCCCAGACCAGCCCGAGAACCUGGAACAACUCCUGGUCGACUGCAGGGACACCUUGAAGUAUGGAGUCAAAACAGGUACCGUAAGAGCUGUCAACUGUUUUGCGGAAGAUUUACCAAAAAUAUACUAUAGGUACGAAACAUGUACUCCAUGUACCAGUAAGUCAUUGCUUCUGUCCAGGCAAUGGCUGACAUUACAGACAUCUUAGACAUUAUAGAUUAGUAGAAUGUUCCAGAAUGUCCUCAUCUGUCCCCAGGUCACCCACGGUUCUUCAAUCAGCUGUCGUCAGGGCUGGAUGUCAUCGGUUUGGCCGGGGAAUGGCUGACAUCUACCGCCAACACAAACAUGUAAGAUUUACAUUCUCCCUAAGGUGUAAGAUCUCAUUUCUCACUAAGCCCUCAUAUUGCAGAAUUACAUUUGUCAGAGAACAGAUCUGACAUUUACCAGAGAACAGUAUGUAUCAAGCUUCUCAGAGUAGUAGUUCUGAUCUUGGAUACAUUGUGCCUUUUAGAUCAUAAUGAAUAAAAUGACAUGGACAGGGUGGACCUGAUCCUAGAUCAGCAUUCCUACUCUGAGGCGCUUGAUACAUACGGGCCCAGUUGACACUAGGGCCUACGGUGUGAUCUGUUCUCUGGUAAAUGUCAUUCUGCAAUAUGUAAAACCUUUUUUCUAGGUUUACUUAUGAAGUGUCCCCAGUGUUCAUUCUGAUGGAGGAGGUUCUACUGAGGAAGAUGCAGGAGAUUGUGGGUUGGUCAGAGGAAGAGGGGGAUGGUGUUUUCUGUCCAGGUACAGUGUUAGCUACAUUCUGACCUUACUAUCAAUACAAACAAUGUAGCCAAUGACAAACAUACACUGUGAUACAUUUAUCCUUGUUACUUCCAUUGAAUUGGUUCAUUUUGUCCUCUUAAUCUUGGAUAUAUGUAUGAAAAAAUAUAUAUACAGUGGGGAAAAAAAGUAUUUAGUCAGCCACCAAUUGUGCAAGUUCUCCCCCUUAAAAAGAUGAGAGAGGCCUGUAAUUUUCAUCAUAGGUACACGUCAACUAUGACAGACAAAAUGAGAAAAAAAAAUCCAGAAAAUCACAUUGUAGGAUUUUUAAUGAAUUUAUUUGCAAAUUAUGGUGGAAAAUAAGUAUUUGGUCAAUAACAAAAGUUUCUCAAUAUUUUGUUAUAUACCCUUUGUUGGCAAUGACACAGGUCAAACGUUUUCUGUAAGUCUUCACAAGGUUUUCACACACUGUUGCUGGUAUUUUGGCCCAUUCCUCCAUGCAGAUCUCCUCUAGAGCAGUGAUGUUUUGGGGCUGUCGCUGGGCAACACGGACUUUCAACUCCCUCCAAAGAUUUUCUAUGGGGUUGAGAUCUGGAGACUGGCUAGGCCACUCCAGGACCUUGAAAUGCUUCUUACGAAGCCACUCCUUCGUUGCCCGGGCGGUGUGUUUGGGAUCAUUGUCAUGCUGAAAGACCCAGCCACGUUUCAUCUUCAAUGCCCUUGCUGAUGGAAGGAGGUUUUCACUCAAAAUCUCACGAUACAUGGCCCCAUUCAUUCUUUCCUUUACACGGAUCAGUCGUCCUGGUCCCUUUGCAGAAAAACAGCCCCAAAGCAUGAUGUUUCCACCCCCAUGCUUCACAGUAGGUAUGGUGUUCUUUGGAUGCAACUCAGCAUUCUUUGUCCUCCAAACACGACGAGUUGAGUUUUUACCAAAAAGUUAUAUUUUGGUUUCAUCUGACCAUAUGACAUUCUCCCAAUCGUCUUCUGGAUCAUCCAAAUGCACUCUAGCAAACCUCAGACGGGCCUGGACAUGUACUGGCUUAAGCAGGGGGACACGUCUGACACUGCAGGAUUUGAGUCCCUGGCGGCGUAAUGUGUUACUGAUGGUAGGCUUUGUUACUUUGGUCCCAGCUCUCUGCAGGUCAUUCACUAGGUCCCCCCGUGUGGUUCUGGGAUUUUUGCUCACCGUUCUUGUGAUCAUUUUGACCCCACGGGGUGAGAUCUUGCGUGGAGCCCCAGAUCGAGGGAGAUUAUCAGUGGUCUUGUAUGUCUUCCAUUUCCUAAUAAUUGCUCCCACAGUUGAUUUCUUCAAACCAAGCUGCUUACCUAUUGCAGAUUCAGUCUUCCCAGCCUGGUGCAGGUCUACAAUUUUGUUUCUGGUGUCCUUUGACAGCUCUUUGGUCUUGGCCAUAGUGGAGUUUGGAGUGUGACUGUUUGAGGUUGUGGACAGGUGUCUUUUAUACUGAUAACAAGUUCAAACAGGUGCCAUUAAUACAGGUAACGAGUGGAGGACAGAGGAGCCUCUUAAAGAAGAAGUUACAGGUCUGUGAGAGCCAGAAAUCUUGCUUGUUUGUAGGUGACCAAAUACUUAUUUUCCACCAUAAUUUGCAAAUAAAUUCAUUAAAAAUCCUACAAUUUGUCUGUCAUAGUUGACGUGUACCUAUGAUGAAAAUUACAGGCCUCUCUCAUCUUUUUAAGUGGGAGAACUUGCACAAUUGGUGGCUGACUAAAUACUUUUUUUCCCCACUGUAUGUAUGCACUCACUAACUGUAAGUCGCUCUGGAUAAGAGCGUCUGCUAAAUGACUAAAAUGUAAAAUGUAAAAUAUAUUGUUUAGUUGUUAUGAAGUUAAAUUAAAUUAUAAGAUUAAGACAAUCUCUUAGUAAGAUAUCCAUCUAUAAUACAGUAUGUAUAUAUAUUUCCUCAGGAGGGACCAUGUCCAAUCUGUACAGUGUACUACUGGCCAGAUACCACUUUUUCCCUGAAGUGAAGACCAAAGGGAUGACUGCUCUGCCCAGGCUAAUCCUCUUCACCUCAGCACAUGUACGCAUCACCAAUAUUCACAUUAGGUCAUGUUUAUUCACAUUAUCUAUAAACAUGUACUGACAAAUACUUUUUUCCCUCCUCUAGAGUCAUUAUUCAGUCAAGAAAUCUGCGGCAGUCCUUGGGAUAGGGAGUGAAAAUGUUGUGGUGGUGAAAUGUGAUGACCGGUAAGCAAGGACGGCAGAGUGAUUUGCAUUUGUUGAUCGUGAAUGUUGACAAUAUCAUCAGAGCUAGAGGAGUGAUGUUGUUUUUUCUAUUCAAGGGGAAAGAUGAUCCCUGCAGAAUUGGAGUCAAGUAUCAUUACUGCCAAAGAUCAGGUAAUGGAUGAAUGAGUCUGCUCUUGCCAAACUGAGGAAUAAAGGGAUUUUUGAAUGAAAUACAUGUAAGCAUACCUGUAUACAGUAUUUUCAGCCAGGGAAUGAUUUUGUCAAAUUAGGAAGAAACAGACACCCCCAACAGAAUACACUCAAACCAGAAUUUAUGUUUUCCAGUCAACAACAUUGUCUGGUGCAUAAAAUGAGCUACCAGAGCUCCAGUGCGUUGGCAGGGAUUAUUUCACAGGAUCAGGUCAAUACACUCAUCAUGAUUCCUGUCAUCUUUCUCCCUCUCUCUCUCUCUCUUCAGGGUUGUGUCCCGUUCUACGUCAAUGCCACAGCAGGCACCACUGUGUACGGAGCCUUUGAUCCUCUCAAUGCCAUCGCAGACAUCUGUGAGAGCCAUGGACUCUGGCUGCAUGUUGAUGUAUUUACCUUAAAGCAUCUGUCUAUACAUCACGGUUUAACGGACACAGAUUUAUCUUUAUCCUGGAUUUAAAAUAUAUUUCAAUUGGCCAUGCUUUUUAGUCCAGUACUAGGCAUAAUUUGUGUCUGGGAAACCGUUCCCAUAAGAAUUUGUAAUAUUUAAGAUAUAAUAAUAUGCCAUUUAGCAGACACUUUUAUCCAAAGCGACUUACAGUCAUGUGCGCAUACAUUUUUACGUAUGGGUGGUCCCGGGGAUCGAACCCACUACCCUGGCGUUACAAGCGCCAUGCUCUACCAAUUGAGCUACAGAGAACCACAUAUAAAAUAUGUGAAGAUAAGAUUGUACUUACAGUAAGAUUAUCUUUAUUUCUUAACAGGCAGCCUGGGGCGGAGGACUGUUGAUGUCCAAGAGGCACCGUGUGAAACUACAAGGGAUUGAACGGUAGGUACGGUAACCAGAGAGAACAGAGACUUGAGGACACCCAAAAUCUACAGCUCCCCGAAAAGAUAAUAUAUUGCUAGUUUUCACUCUAACGUAUAGCCAGGAUCAAUUCAAUUUGGGGGGUACUGUUUCCAUUUACAAUUGAAUUGGAAUUUACCCUCAACAGCAACUGCCUUGAUUGGUUCUUACAUGCAGGUCUAUUUGAAUUAUUUUCAUUAUAGAGCCUGGUCUGUGACUUGGAACCCUCAUAAAAUGAUGGGUGCUCCGCUGCAAUGCUCAGCCAUACUGGUGAAGAAAAGGGUGAGUAGUCUAACGCUAUGAUUUUAUAUUUAUUUAUUUUUUAUCAAGACUACCAAUACAUCCAUCCUGAACUACAAUUUGCACACAUGCAUGCAUGCACGCACGCACGCACUCAGAAACACACACACAUAAUGUAAUCAGUGGUUUCUCACUCACAGGGCCUCUUGCAAGACUGUAAUCAGCUGUGUGCAGAAUACCUCUUCCAAACUGACAAGCACUACGACACCUCGUAUGACACCGGAGACAAGACCAUUCAGUGUGGCAGACACGUUGAUGUCUUCAAGCUCUGGCUCAUGUGGAAGGCCAAGGUAUGUAACACACUCACAUGGAUAUUUUUCUUUUCUUUAUCAACUGAUCAAUAAAACACAUUUUAUACCCAUCCCUCUACAUUUAUAUUGUAUUUUUUAUAUGUCUCUUCUUAGGGUUCAGAAGGCUUUGAAUCACAGGUCAAUAAAUGUUUGGAAAAUGCUGAGCACUUGUUUGACAAAAUCAAACAAAGACCAGACUUUGAACUCGUCUUCAAAAGCAAAGUAAGUCUGUUUAUUUAAGUCCCAUGUAGUUAUUGAAUAAUUCCUCAGUGAGAUGAAUUGUUGUAAGCCUUUUAUGUAUGAUACAUCCCCAUGCAGCCUGAACACAGCAACGUGUGCUUCUGGUACAUCCCACCAAGUCUGAGGAAAAUGCCACCAGGUCCUGAGAGGAACAGGAGACUCCAUGAGGUAAUGCUACACCUUGGAUCUCUAAUAUAGUGAUAUAUUAGAUGUCUUAAUCCAUUAGAUACUGCAGAUACUGUAUCUGUACCAGUGAUUAAUUUGUAAAUCGGGAUGUGCCGGAACAAAUAGUGAGCGCGAGAAGGGGCAACUUGGGGAGUUCUGAGGUACCGGAAUGCAUGAGAAAAAAAAACAACCUUUAUAAUAAAGCGUUGCGUGCAUAUCAUCGCAUUUGCGUAGUGGAAUAGAGCAAUAGAGUAGAGGCACUUACAGAAGUUGCACACAUUGGGAAAAUGUUUAGUAGCCUAUGUAACAGGUAGGAAAUACCUGUUUUUGUACAGUUUUUCUCAGAUCAGCCUUGGGAGGUUGAGCAACAAACAGAGUGGUGUCUCUGUUGCCCAACACAUUUAACCUAACCACAGUACUUAGAAGUAGUAGCACCUUUCCUAAUAGUAUAGGGUGAAAAGUUACAAAUAACUCACUGUAUGCAGCCCCUCAGAUUAUGUGGUUAAUAGCAUGGAGCAUCCACCUGCAAUACAUCCCAAUACCUAAAACAGGUUAGGCCCCCUACCCCAAGGCAGUAGUAAUGAAAAGACAGUUCUGCUUGAAAAUAAUGACAAUAUAUCGUCCAUUUUAGGCAACAACACAACAGGCACAAUUUCACAGUUCACAAAAUAGCUUACUGUAACCUACCUCACGUGCACGCGUAGCCUAGCUUGAAUUAAACCAAUGAAAACAUAGCAAUACAACCUAGCAGUUUUACAGCAUUUAUAUCCGAUAUCCCAAUAACAAACCAACAAAAACAGAAUGACACUCGUUACUGUGUUCAUGGAGUCUGUAUGAGGGCUGUCAGGGACUACAAUAAUAGAAGUAGUCUGCAACGUUGUCACGGUAAUCUUAUUCUCCUUUGAAUGGCUAAUUAGGCCUAAAUGUUCAUUAUUAACAGUGUCCCUUCUUAUCCUUGCACUACUAUGUAAUGUCAUUCAACUGAAAAGUCCACAACCUUAAUUGUCCUCUUCUUUCAGGACAUUAACAGAAAGCUCUAUUACCUCCACGGGAAUCUUCUAUAACUAAAUCACUUCAACUCACAGCUCUCCUCUGGUGUCGGUAACAAUUCUUCGAUGUCCAUCACUCCGGUGGGUAGCUAGCUCCAUCGAUUGAACUCACGUUAAUCCCGAAGGCGAAAAUGACAGUCAUUCGGUGGUAUGGAACAGUCCUCUUUCUCAAACGAUACUCGGUAUGGAAUAAUCCUCUUCCAGAACUAGCACGUCCUCUUUCUCCAACGAUAAGUGACUUUUUGAAUUUGGCUCUUCUCUUCUCUUCUCAUUAUUGUUCGCUCUCUCUCCUCCUUUUGCAACACACUUGCCUGUGCACUCCCUCAUGCCACCUCUCCGCAGGACCUUUUUAGAGCCGGCCGUGACGUCACCUGGCUCAUAGUAGUCUUGGAAAGUCACUGAACAGAACAGCAAAAGCCAUAUCCCUAGACUCCGCCACAUUUAGGGUUCGGGGAAAAUGUGGCCUUUUAUAAACACAUUUCUACAUAAUUUUACAUGACUGGAGAGAUUGGUAGAAUCUUUUUUAAUACACACAAAUACUUUAAAUGGCAGGCUACUUUGACACUGACAAACUGAGAAUCUGAGAUCAAUAAAAAUGUAUUGAAUCCAUCAAUAGCCUAGGCCUAGGUGUGUGGAGACACAUAUUGUAGGCUACAAUGUGAGGAGGAAAUUAUAGUCCUAAAAUGCUUUCCAGUUUCACUCACUCCCUUGAUGGCCGAUGUGCUCGUGCCAAAAGCCUAUCUCUCUCUAGUAAAACAAUAUUUGGAAGUUGAUCAAAUAUUUUGGUAGCCUACAGUAUAGUCUUCUCUUUUCAGCAGGAGCCAUUUGCUUUCCAACGUGUGUUUUCCCUCAAUUGUAUUUGAAAUAUUGCGAAAGGCCUGUUUUGUCUGCAUGCUGUUUUAUUUUUUUGUGUGUAUUUUACCCCCUUUUUCUCCCCAAUUUCGAUAUUUUCUCAUUGCUGCAACUCCCCAACGGGCUCGGGAGGCGAAGGUCUAAUCAUGCAUCCUCCGAAACAUGACCCACCAAACCGCGCUUCUUAACACCCGCCCGCUUAUCCCGGAAGUCAGCCGCACCAAUGUGCCAGAGGAAACACUGUUCAACUGAUGACUGGGGUCAGCCUGCAGGUGCCCGGCCCACCACAAGGAGUCACUAGAGCGCGAUGAGCCAAGUAAAGCCCCCCGGCCAAACCCUCCCCUAACCCGGACAAAGCUGGGCCAAUUGUGCGCCGCCCUAUGUGACUCCCGAUCACGGGCGGUUGUGAUACAGCCCAAGAUCGAUGCCUCUAGCACUGCGAACCCGGGUCUGUAGUGAUGCCUCUAGCUCUUAGACCGCUGCACCACUCGGGAGGCCCUGCAUGCUGUAGGCUAUUCCUUGUUAUUGGGCUACAAUCCACAGCUAGGCUAUUUUUUUAAAGAAGCAAUUUAUCCUCUGUGGCUAAAUUAUAGGCCUUCUCAUGGUGUAGUAGGCUAUUCUGAAUGAUUUAAUUUAUUUCUGAACAGACAGCAGUAAUUUAACUUUGGCAAAUUUAUUUCAAUUUAUCAAGGGGGCUGCAGCACCUCCAGACCCCUUUGCGCAGCUAUGAUUCUAUUAGGAAAUGAAUGAUGACGUGCAACACUGGAGAGAUGAGAGUUGCAGAAUCAUGUCUAUCAGAGCAGAGAGGAAGAGAGAUCAUAAAAAGUUGAUCUCAUUCUAGUUAUGUGAGAGAUACUGGCGCGCUUCUCACACAGCCACGGCCAGGCGUUGGUCUCAAACAUAGGUUACAAUGUUGCGCAAACCAUAAACCCGGGCCUUCCCAACCCGAAUCAACUCUUGGAAUAUUAGGCCCGGCCUGAAAAUCUACUUUUUGACAUUAUGUUUUUUGGGGGCAGGAGAAUUAAGGAAGAGGCAACUCGAAUGAACUUUGAUCGCUUUUAUUCAAAUUUUACAUUGCAAAAAGUGAACAUUAUUUUUCAUGCCUCGAGAGGUACCGGAGCCGGCCAAAUAGGUUCCGGGACAAAACAGUCCAAAACGGAGAGGUGCCGGAUCCUGCUCAAAUUAAGCACUGAUCUGUACUCAUAACUAGCAGCAGCACAUUUUGACUUCAGUUCAUACUCUUUAUAUCUAUACUCUAUAAAGUUAUAGCAAAAUAACUGUUUGGUUUCUAAGGUGGCACCAAAGAUCAAAGCCAAGAUGAUGGAGCAGGGGAUGGCCAUGAUUGGCUAUCAGCCGCUUGGAGAUAAAGUGAACUUCUUCCGAUGUGUCUUCUCCAACCCGGCCACACAGACAGAGGAUGUGGACUACCUGUUGGAGGAGAUCGCUUGUCUCGGUCAUGAUAUAUGCAUCAGGAUUGAGACCAAUUUAUGA